UUCAGGUCAGUUCUGAUAAAGCCACCGGUAGGGGCAGUAAGCACGUUUUCUCUUGGAGGAAAUAUCGCGAUAACAUCCCUAAAUAAAACCUGGCGGGACUUCACCCGGGUCUUCUUCCUGUUAUACUGAUCACCAAAUGGCGGACGACGCCGGUGGUAGAGGAGGUUUUCGCGGAGGUUUCGGCGCAGGUGGCCGCGGUCGGGGCCGUGGACGCGGCAGAGGCCGUGGCAGGGGCCGCGGUGCCCGGGGCGGCAAGUCCGAGGACAAGGAAUGGGUGCCAGUCACCAAGCUGGGCCGCCUGGUUAAGGACAUGAAGAUCAAGUCCCUGGAGGAGAUCUACCUGUACUCUCUGCCCAUCAAGGAGUCUGAGAUCAUCGACUUCUUCCUGGGUUCUGGUCUUAAGGAUGAGGUGCUCAAGAUCAUGCCUGUCCAGAAGCAGACCAGGGCUGGUCAGCGCACCAGGUUCAAGGCCUUUGUUGCCAUUGGCGACUACAAUGGCCAUGUGGGUCUGGGGGUGAAGUGCUCCAAAGAGGUGGCCACAGCCAUCCGUGGGGCCAUCAUCCUGGCCAAGCUGUCCAUUGUCCCAGUCAGGAGAGGUUAUUGGGGUAACAAGAUCGGCAAGCCCCACACCGUGCCCUGUAAGGUGACCGGUCGCUGCGGCUCUGUCCUGGUGCGUCUCAUCCCUGCCCCCCGUGGUACUGGUAUCGUGUCCGCCCCUGUGCCCAAGAAGCUGCUCAUGAUGGCUGGUAUCGACGACUGCUACACUUCUGCAAGGGGCUGCACCGCCACCCUCGGCAACUUUGCCAAGGCCACCUUUGAUGCCAUCUCCAAGACUUACAGCUACCUGACCCCUGAUCUGUGGAAGGAGACUGUCUUCACCAAGUCUCCCUACCAGGAGUUCACUGACCAUCUGGCCAAGACUCACACCAGGGUGUCUGUGCAGAGGGGACAGUCUGUCCAGCCAGCUGCCUCCUAAACUUUUUAUACAGAGAAUCGUUGAAUAAACGUUCUGAAACACCA